AUGCAACGCCCACUAGCAUAUCGUUUUCAAAAAGCCCUAUCAAAGAGAUAUACUCAGCAUGGAACUCGUCACAUAAGCAUUCUCUCCUUGCUACCUGCGGUGCUGGUCCCGCCGGUUGUCUUCGGGGGUCUUGUCAUCUCGCUAUGGAUGUACAAGUGUGCGAUGAUGGUUUUGUUUCAGAACAAGAUUAUAUACAUGCCCGGCGUCCCACUGGGUGCCAAACGAGAGACGCUACAGGACUAUAAGCACCUAUUCAAAGGGAUACAAUGGCACGAGCACCACAACCACAUCGCCACAUCCGACGGAAAACGCCUCUCCUCCGUCACGGCAACAACCGGCGGCAGCCAGGCAGGUAAGAAGCACAUCCUCGUUCUAUACCUCCAAGGCAAUGCCUCUUCCACCCCUCCGCGGCUCCCAUACCUCUCCACGAUCCUGUCAACACUAGCCAAGGACAAGACCACAAAGUAUACGUUUCUCGUCCCCUCCUACCGCGGCUACUGGACCUCUACGGGCACGCCCUCACAGGCCGGCAUAGAGCGGGACCUAUCUGCCAUCUUCAACCACCUCGAGACAGCGCCCCAAUACGCCGACACGGAGGUCAUUCUCUGGGGGCAGAGCAUUGGAUGCGGCAUCGCGCUCAAGGGCUGGGCGGACUAUCUUCGCUCCUUCUCCUCUUCCUCCGGGGGGCUGGGCGUCAGGGUGACGGGGCUGAUACUCGAAACGCCGUUUGUGAGUGUGCCGAAUAUGCUGCGUGCGCUGUAUCCGCAGCGGUGGCUGCCAUACCGUUAUCUGUCCGUGUUCCUGUGGAGCACGUGGGAUAUGGCGGCGUGCGCGGAGGUGCUGGGGAGAGGUGGGGGGGUGCGGGUCUUGGUUGUGAGCGCUGGGAUGGAUGAGGUUGUGCCGGCUGGUGAGACUGAUGAGGUGGUGCAAGUGGUGGGGGGCGCGGUGGGGAGGGAAAGGGUCAGGUCGGUUGUUGUGAAGGGUGCUUUGCAUGUUGAGUGUGCCAUAAGGCCCCAGGGGAGGGAGGAGAUUGUGCGGUUUAUUGAGGGGUUGAGUGAUGUGGGAGAAAAUAGCUUUGAACAUUACACGGCUGAGAUCUAG